AUGCCGGCCGUGAUAAAGAUUCGCGUCUGCUCCGCGCGCAAUCUGCCGGUGAUGGAUCGGACGACGGAACUCACCGACGCGUACAUCACGCUGCAAUUUGCCGAUGCGCCGCAGCUCCGCACGCACGUCGCCCGCCGCACGCUCAACCCGCUGUGGAACCGCGAGUUUCGGAUCGAGGUGGCUGAUGACAACGAGCUGCAGGACCACCCGUUGCAGAUCCGCUGCUGGGACAAGGAUAUCAUGUCCUCGGACGAUGAGAUUGGCGCGGUGACGGUCGACCUCAACCCGCUGCUGCUGCAGCCGACGCAGCUCUCGGGAUGGUACCCGCUCUACGACACGCUCCGCGGCUUCUGCGGUGAGCUGUCGCUCGUGAUCAAAAUGGACUUCAUCGGCGACGUGAACCCCUUCAAGGAGAGCGGCGCCGGCGUCCAGUUCUUCUCGCUCGCCGCGCCGCCCGCCGGGAUGCGGCUCGCCUCGGUGCAGGGCUUGGUGGAGGAGCUCAUCUCCGCGCCCGACCCGGAGCACCACUGG